AAACAAUCUCAUGCACAACAACCAAACCCUCAUUCAAUGAUCCUAGGUUUGACUCGUGUAACCUCGGAUCUUCCGACCCCAAAAUCUGCCAUUACUCGUGUCAAGAAGUCUUCUGAUGAGAGUUUAGACGUUAUGGAACCGUUGAGAGAGGUAAGAGAUGGGUAUUUGAUAUCUUUAAACUUAGGGACACCCCCACAAAUUUUUCAAGUAUACAUGGAUACUGGGAGUGACCUUACUUGGGUUCCAUGUGGGAACAUAUCUUUUGAUUGUUUAGAUUGUGAUGACUACAAGAAUACUAAAAUUCUGGGUAGUUUUUCUCCCUCUCGUUCUUCUUCUUCUUAUAGAGAUUCUUGUGCCAGCCCCUUCUGCGUCAAUGUCCAUAGCUCCGACAACGGUUAUGACACGUGUACAGCGGCCGGGUGCCCAUUGGGGGCCCUACUUAAGGGCACUUGCUUAAGGCCAUGCCCUUCAUUUGCUUACACUUAUGGUGAUGGUGUUGUGAGUGGAACCCUAACUAGGGAUUUGCUUAGGGUUCAUGGGAGUAGCCCUAAUUCCUCUAGGGAUGUCCCAAAGUUUUGUUUUGGGUGUGUGGGGACCACUUAUAGGGAGCCAAUAGGGAUAGCAGGGUUUGGGAAGGGCCCACUUUCAAUCCCUUCACAAUUAGGGUUUCUCCAAAAGGGGUUCUCCCAUUGUUUCUUGGCUUUCCGAUUUGCUAAUAACCCUAAUGUUUCAAGCCCUUUGGUUGUGGGAGAUGUUGCCAUUUCUUCCAAAGAUGAUCUGCAGUUUACCCCAAUGUUGAACUCUCCUGUUUACCCAAACUAUUAUUACAUUGGCCUAGAGGCCAUAACUAUUGGCGGCGGCGGAGGAGGCGGUGGCGGUAGCAACGCCGCCGCAACCGUGACUCAGGUGCCUCUGAGCAUGAGAAAUUUUGAUUCUUCCGGCAAUGGCGGCAUGCUGAUUGAUUCCGGCACCACUUACACCCACUUGCCUGAGCCAUUAUACUCUCAACUCCUCUCUUCCCUUCAAUCCACAAUCCAUUUCCCACGAGCCAAGGAAGCCGAGAUGCGCACUGGUUUCGACCUCUGCUACCACGUCCCUUGCCGGAGCAACGCCACCGCGGCGGCGGCCGGCGGCGACGAGAGUCUCCCGUCAAUCACGUUCCAUUUCUUGAACAAUGCCACCCUGGUUCUGCCCCAGGAGAACCACUUCUACGCCAUGAGUGCGCCCACCAACUCCACCCAGGUCAAAUGUCUGCUCUUCCAAAGCAUGGACGGCGGCGGCGGCAAUCAAUACGGCGGACCCGCCGGGAUAUUGGGGAGCUUCCAGCAGCAAAACGUGGAGGUGGUGUAUGACUUGGAGAAGGAGAGAAUUGGGUUUCGAACUACAGAUUGUGCUCUGCAGGCUGCUGCUGCACAAGGACUUCACAACAACUAG